GAGGAAGAAGCCAGGAGGAGCGCAACGGAACCGCAAGAAGCGCCACCAACCAAACGAAUUUCCCCUCCAAAAAAGGAGCACGAAAGCCACAACGCACGCAUUCGCCCCCUCGCGCGCUACCUCGCAGCGCGCCUCGCCCUCCCCCUCCUCGCCGUCUGGAGCCCGCGCGGGCGGCGGGCCGGACCGGAUCCCGCUCCAUGGCGGAGGGCUUCGGGCGGUGGGAGGCGGAUCCGCUCUUCCCCGCCGCCGAGUGCGUGCAGGACUCCGCCGACAGGAUGGAGGGCGUCUACCGCCUGCUCUUGCAUGAAAGGAAAGUUAUGCAGGAUGGUACUUCAGAUGCAAAGUUUCAUGCUCCGAUACAGUAUGAGAGAGAUGUGAUUACUGCUCUUGGAACUACCAAAUGGCAGUUGGAGCAAUUUGAGAGGGAGGUGAAUGCAGCUGCAUUCUCUGACAAGUCAAAGUCGAGAGAAAAUGCAAUCUUAAAAUUUAGACAAUUCAUUAGAGCUAUAGCGGAGCAGAUUUCUCAGGUGGAAGGAAGUUUGGAGAAUCUUAGCAUAGGUUCUAGUAGAACUCCAAAACAUUUAUACUCAAGUGAAUAUGAUGGAGAUGGACUGGCAUCCUUUCUUUCUGGUAGCAACAAGGAUGACCAUGUGUAUCAUUCCACUGGUACAGAUGAAAUUGUUGAGCUUAAGCUCGACAAUGUACCCUUGGUAAAUGGCUAUCAUUCCACACAAGAACAUAGAGCAUAUGAACACAGGAAUUCAGAAAAGGAUGUGGAAGGAGCAGGGAAACUUAAAUGUUCAUGUGGAGGAAAUGCAUGUGAAGGGGGUCAUAAUAAUAGCAGUAUGUAUAGUUGUGAUGCUGAUGAUUCUGUAGGUAGGAGGCUUUUUGGCAAAAACAAACUGAGUAGGCACUACCAUAGUUUUAUAAGAAACUUAUGGUUUACAAAGCGGGGUCGUGAAAGCUUUACAAAGAGGAGGAAGGAUGGAGAAGAUAUGGAUAGCUUGAGAAAUGGAAACACGCUACCUUCCUUCAAUCUACAUCAACCUAGAAGGGCUAUGUAUUUCUGGCCAGAGGUCAUCAAGAGGAGAUUAAGUAGAUCUGAGUAUUUUACAGAUCGUAAUCGUCCUCAAAUUCGUUUGGUGAUAGCAGUACUAAUCGCGCUUGCUGUUCUCUGCUUGCUGGUAUCCCAUGUGAGGUGACUGUGAAUCCAGUUUUGAUUCCUGUUAUUUUUAUGUAUUACCACGGUCCACGGUGUACUCUACCAAUCAUGCUGUGCUGUGUCAUGGUUUCUGAUGGAGAAGGAUACAUUAUUCUUUUGAAGCAUCUCAAUGUUACGCUCCAAAUUGUCAUGCCGUGCAGACACAGGUUUGAAAACGUCUUUGUGCAGUUGAUUGUUGUGGUUGCUUGUGAUUAGAGUGACCAGUCAUCAACACUUUGAAAAUUUUUCAGUAAUCCACGUCAUUUAGUGAAUGGUGCCACACGAUCCAUUGUAGUUUUUUCCCAUCUUUCUAGUAUAACUAAAGAAUGCCAGAUCGAGUGAUGAUUUUCUGGGAGCAGUUUCCUUGUGCAUUAUACAAUUAUGAAAGGGAAGUCCGAAUUGAAUCGAAAUGGUUCAAUGUAUUGUACCUGGUCUGUUACUUCCCCCACCUGGGAUAUUGUAUUAAAUUUGGUUUCUUAUGGACCUGGAACUCUCCUAUUGUUCCUGUUGGUUUGACUACAUCAGGUUCAUUGAGCUAUGACGGCCUUUCGGGUGU